UAACUUCUCGAGAUUUCUCACGUUUCACUUCUCAAAGCUCAACGACAGCGAUCUUCUUCUCCUCCCAAAUUGCCCUAUUCCUGUUUCUGGAGCGGAGAUCGAUCGGACUGUUCGUCGGAUUGAUUGAGGAAAGGCGGUCAAUCGAAGAAUUUGAUCGGAGCGAUGGAGCAAAGCAGGCGGGCGGUGGAGUCGUAUUGGAGGUCACGGAUGGUCGAUGGCGCGACUUCUGAUGAGGACAAGGUCACUCCGGUUUACAAGUUGGAGGAGAUCUGUGAGCUUCUCCGGUCGUCUCAUGCAGGCAUCGUCAAGGAGGUCUCGGAGUUCAUCCUCAAACGCCUUCAACACAAAUCCCCUAUUGUCAAACAAAAGGCUCUAAGAGUAAUCAAGUAUGCAAUAGGAAAGUCUGGUGCGGAGUUCAGAAGAGAGAUGCAAAGGAAUUCUGUGUCCAUACGCCAGUUAAUUCACUACAAGGGCCAGCCAGAUCCUCUGAAGGGUGAUGCACUUAACAAGGCAGUGCGUGAAACAGCACAGGAAGCAUUAUCAGCUCUAUUUUCUUCCUCAGAUGACAUCAAACCUGCUCCAAAAGAAAAUCUCGGUGGUCGAAUCCAAGGCUUUGGUAAUACUAACUUUGAAAUGCCAUCAGAAGAUAAGAAGUCAUUUAUCAGUGAGGUUGUUGGAAUUGGUAGUGCUACAAUAAAGCAUGGACUUAGUAGUUUGACACAAUCUCCAUCACUUAAAAAGAAUGAUACUGGAAGUUACAGGGGUCCAAAUCUUCAGCGAUCAUUGACAAGGGAAACGGAUUACUCAGAUCGAUAUGAAGGAAUAACUUCAUAUAAUGAAUCUCAGAAUAGUUCUGGGUUUUCAAGAAAUGCAGGUUCUCAAAGUUGGGGUCAGGAUCUUAAGACAUCUGAUACCGAAACAACCAAUAGGGACUUGGGUAUGAGUUCUGGUGAGAAGACUCGUGAGGAGAGGUUAUUGGAAACAAUUGCAACAUCUGGUGGUGUUCGGUUACAGCCAACCAGGGAUGCCCUUCAAGCAUUCCUGGCAGAAGCUUCAAAGUUGGAUGCUUUAGCCAUAAUUCACGCCAUUGAAUCAAAGCUCCAUUCUCCAUCAUGGCAGGUCCGAGUAAAAACCAUUUGUGUCCUUGAGGCAAUUUUGAGGAAAAAAGAUGAUGAACAUUUUUGUAUUAUAGCAUCAUAUUUCAGUGAGAACAAUGAUGUGGUGGUUAAAUGUUCUGAAUCCCCCCAAGCAUCUUUAAGAGAAAAGGCAAACAAGGUCUUGAGCCUUCUGGACUUGGGACAGGGCACUAGUCAGACUGUAGAAAGUGUAGCUCAUUCGGACAAACUAGCAAACACUGAGACUGUUCAGAUGCCUGACUUAAUAGACACUGGUGACAGUGAUGAUCUUUUCGAUACUGAUGGUUCAGUACAAAUGCAGAAUAAUGAGAAUGUUGCAAAUACCUCUUCCCCUACUGCUCCUCUGAUUGAUGAUUUAUUUGGAAUUGGCACUGAUUUGAACACAAGUGAACAGAAAAAUGAUGAUGAUCCUUUUGCAGAUGUCUCUUUCCAUAGCAGUAAUGACAAAGAGCAUGAAUCUGAUCUCUUCUCUGGGAUGACAUUUGACAAACCAGGGUCUGCUGAAGUUCGUCCAGUACCUAGUGGAAAUGGACCUGAACCAUUUGAUAUUUUUGGUUCCAGCUCUGAUAUAACCAAAGAGGAAAGUGUUCCUCAAAAAGAUGUUCAUGACUUAAUGUCUGGUUUAUCCCUAAAUCAAUAUGAAUCAUCUACAAGACCAAAUGGUAGCUCAGGAGGAACAACGCUUGAGAAUAUCUUACCGAAUUCUAAUCCUAAUCCUGGCCAUAAUGUUUCCAAUGAUGUCUUCAACAGCAUGCCACCUUCUCAGAUUUCUGGUUCAAGUACAAUUCCAAUGUUUCCUUUGGGUGCAAUGGCAUAUAAUAUGCCUCCUGGCUUUAUGUUAAAUCCAUCAUUUGCUUCUCAGGCAUUGAAUACAGGUGCCAUGGGCAAUCUUUUUGCCCAACAACAAUUCCUUGCUGCAAUGUCCACUUUCCAGCAAAUGGGCAGCUUGCAGCAAACUGCUAGUGUUAAUCCUGCUUCUGGAUCUAAUGGAGGUUACAAUUCUGCACUUCCUGAUAUUUUCAAUGCCAACAUUCCUAACCAAACUCCAACAUCAUUGAUGAACAGUCAAAAGAAAGAGGAUACUAGAGCAUUUGAUUUUAUCUCAGAUCAUCUGGCUGCGGCUCGUGACCCAAAAAGAGUAAUUUAAGUUUUGAAGCUCAUAUGCAAUCACAAUAUGGCGCUUAGCUCCUUUGAAUUUAAGGAUCUCAACUUCAAAGUGGAAUCUGGCAAUUAGACCAAGGGAUCUCAACCUGAAAAUAUUAGUUGUUUCAUAAUAAUAAUAAUGCUUCCUUUUGAUAUUUCUUAGGAGAUAUAGGUUGAUUUGUUGAGAACUUUUGUUUUGGCGCGUCACAUAAGUGUAAUGAAUCCCUAGUACAAGAAAAAGAAAGAUUUGGUCGGUGAUGCUUGUUGAUUUGAUGUAAUGACAGAAGAAUGAAGUAUGUGCAGAUUUAUAUUCUUUUAAAGUGGUGUAGGUGAUUGGAAUCA